GUAUCGAGUUUAUUAUCUGUUCUAUUAUAUCUGUGCCUAGACAACACCUGAAUGACGACACCAUGAACUAUGACUAUGACAGGUUGAAUGAAGAGUAGAAUGUAAACAAGCGUGCGGCUCGUAAUCAGUGGUCCGAGUAAUUACUACAAAUUGACGACGAAAGUUGGGAUAAAUCCACAAAUAAAUCUACCUGUUUGAUUGUUUUCUUUUACUACUUUGACGAAGCAAACGAGUCCGAAGAAGAAGAAUAGGAAGAAGGAUUGUAUGUGAGUGCAAUACUGAAGACUCCGCGACAAGGCAGCGGCGAAUUCCGCGACUGAUUAGCGGCGCAUUCCGUGACACGACAGCGGCGAAUUUCGCGACAAGUAAGCGACGAAAUCCUCGACACGGUAGAGGCGAUACCCGCGCAUGAAAGCGGCGUAAACCUCGGCAAGACAGAGGUGAAAGUGUUUCCUAAGAAUGGAUAGCAGCAAACUGAUUGCUAACUUGCCUCCGUUUACCGUCGGAGAUGUUCCCCUAACGGAGAGAAGGAAUAAAUGGUACACAUGGAAGCGCGGCUUCGAAAUUUGUGUCCGUGCUUCAAAGGUCACGAAAGGUACGGAAAAGAAGGACCUGCUGUUAGCUCAAGGUGGGUUUGAGCUACAGGAAAUAUUUUUCAAUAUUCCUGGUGCGGAUGUCGAGGAAGACGUUGAGGCGGGUGUUGAUCCGUACGAAGUGGCGAUUGAGAAAUUGGAUGAUUAUUUUGCCCCACAACGACACGACGCACACGAGCGAUACAUUUUCUGGGGGAUGAAACCUGAGCCUGGCGAGACCCUCGGAAAAUUUUUGAUGCGAGCACAAGUGCAUGCAGCCAAGUGCAACUUUGGGAAAACAGCUGCUGAAAGUUCAUCGAUUGCUGUUGUCGAUAAAAUUCUUCAGUUCGUACCAGCUGGACUGCGCGAAAGAAUGCUGCAAGAUUCGGGAUUGAAUUUGGAAGAGCUUCGAAAGCAGAUUAAUGCGUAUGAGAUUUCACGAUCUGCGAGUGAACAAAUUGGUGGGCAAGUGAUCUUGCAAUCGAAGAGUUCUAAUGCUGAAAGCCUUAAUCGUGUGAAAGCUUCCUGUCGAUAUUGUGGACGUUCACAUUCGUUCGAGGAUCCAUGUCCAGCGAGGAAUAAGUCAUGUGCAAGUUGUGGAAAGCGCGGACAUUUUCGUGCUGUCUGCCGAAAUCGUAAUGAUAAUCCAGUGCCAUCCACCUCUCGAGCUCCAAUGAAGAGACCUUUCGGAGAAGCUUACAGAAGUCAUGCGGAACAUCCUCAGGGACAACAACGGAAGUUCGUCAAACGGGUGAAUGCUAUUGACGACGCGACUUCAACCGAUAAAGGAAAACCCGACGAACUGGUUGAGAUGGUAUCUUCUGCGAACGAUUUGGAUGACAUGGUGUGGGUAAAAGUAGGAGGAAUUUUGAUCGAAAUGCAGAUUGAUUCAGGAGUUCAAUCGAAUAUAAUUGACGAUUCAACCUGGGAAACUAUGUGCAGAGACGGAGUACAAGUUCUCUCCGACUUGAUGCCCUCUGAUAGAAAGUUCAGAGCGUAUGCUCAAAAUGACAACUUGAGAGUCACUGUCAUGUUUGAUGCGGAAAUUGAAAUAGCUGACGGAAACAACAGUCGAGGCGAAGUGGCCCGGUUUUACGUCAUCCAAGGGGGACCUCAGCCGCUGUUGGGCAGGCAUACAGCCAAGCAGCUGGGAGUGUUAAUCGUAGGACUACCAAGUCAGCACGAGUUGGUUCAGCAUGUUGAAGUGUCAAAACCAUUUCCGAGUUUCCGUGGAGUGGAAAUACUUUUACCAGUCGACCGUUCAGUUGAACCAGUUUCGCAGAGAUUGAGAAGGUUGCCGUUUGCUACGUUGGAGCGCGUGUGGAGAAGAAGCUUGAGGAGCUGCUCGCCAAUGAUAUCAUCGAACCAGUAUUCGAACCGAGUCGCUGGGUAUCACCGAUGGUUGUAGUGGUGAAGGAUAGCGGUGACAUCCGUUUAUGCAUUGAUAUGCGGCAGGUGAACAAGGCUAUUUUGCGUGAGACACAUCCUCUUCCUACAAUCGACGACAUUAGAUGGAAGUUAAACGGAGCAACUUGUUUUUCGAGAUUGGACAUCAAAGAUGCUUUCCAUCAGCUGAAACUGGCAGAUGAAAGCAAACCGAUGACCACCUUUAUAACACAUAAAGGUGAGUAAACACACAGCUAUUCGUGAAACAGUCUGAAAUGUUUCUUUGCGUAGAUUUUAAAGAUGAAAUAAAUUUUUCGUGAAAUCAUAGCUUAAACUUU